AUGCCUUCGCCGCCUAUAUCUGUAUUCCUAACCACGAUCGCUUCGCAACCUGCUCUGAGGCAACGUCAAGAAUACCUCCUUCGGAUACUGCAAGUGAAGAAGAUCCCUUUCACAUCCUACGAUUUAGCAUCAGACGAGGAGGCAAAGAGCUUGUGGAAGCGGAAAGCUCCGCUAGAUAAGCAACAACUCCCAGGGAUUCUUGUUGGAGGAAAAUUCCCAGGUACUUUCACCGAUUUCGAAGAAGCCGUCGAAUAUGCAGAGCUCGAUAAAUUCUUCAGGUUGAACGAAACAUGGAAUACGGACAUCGACGAAGAGAGGCCGGCUCCCCCAGUCAAACCCAUCGGUGUUCCGGGCGCGGUGUCGCCCUUACAAAUGACUCCGGACCAUCUCAAGACCAAGAUCCUCGCUCAGAAGUCAUCUCCACUCCGAGGGAAGGGAUCCGCUGUCCCGAUAAAGAAGCGUGAGGGAGAAUUCGACGUUAGCACGGAACUUUCUGGGUAUGGACUACAGGGUGUCACUGCGACAGAGGACGAGCUUAGGGAUCUGAUUGAAGAACUCGGGCUUGGCGGUGACGAUGCUGGGGAUUUGCUCAAAGGAUUAAGCAACAGCAGUCCAGAGAAAGGUGAUACCAAAUCAGAGGCAGGUGCCAAAGCGAGCGAGGUGGAUAGCGGUUCCAAGCCGACAGCCCCUUGA